AUGGAGCCGACACAAACACCUCCCCGGCUCCUGUUCCGAAAGAACGGACGACCGCAGGCGUGCGAGCCGUGCCGGAAGCGCAAGGUCGCCUGCGAUCAUGCGCAACCCGUCUGCAACAGGUGCAGAAAGUCGAAACGCCCCGGUGAGGCGUGCGAAUACAUUCUGGGUGACAGCCCGAGACCAAGAGAUACCACCCCGAGAACGACUCGGCCGAGGGAAAGCCGGCGCAGCUCGAGGGCCCCUUCUCUGCCGUUGACGGCACCAACCUUCCCACCACCUCCCGCAACGGCAACACGACUCGUACCGGAAUCGGCGUCGACGGGAACAACGACAACUACGUCAUCGGCAUCCGUGAGAACCGCCGCAAGCCGUCCCCGUGCAUCCGUCCCCGCCAGCCUCCCCACCAGCCCGGACUCGGUCGGCACGGGGACCACCCCUGCCGUCCUCGGCAUCGGCUACCUUGGCUUCACCUCCUUCUGCGGCAUCUACGAGGAGACCCGGUCCAGCCUGAACCGGCUCCAGCCCUCCGGCGCGACCCCGAUCGGCGAGAUCGGGGCUAUGGCUAACUGCGGGCUCGAGUGCUCCCCGCCCCUGACGAACCAGGCCCUAGAGACGUGCCUGACCAUCCUCCGCCAUGUCCCGGAUCGGGACAUGGGUCUGAAGCUGUUUGAAAGUCACGUCAACCCGAGCGACGGCUGGAUCCGCCUGGCCGCGAAGCGUAUGGUGAUGUCGCUGUACGAGACAUUCCCGCAGUACUUUUGCGGAGGCGGGAAGGCCGACGAUGCGCAGCUGACGGCCCUCGCCCGCACCAUCUGCCAAAACACCGCAAAGUGCGUGUCUGACGAGGAGUCCGACCCCGAGAAAUGGAUCGCCCAGUUCACUGGCACGAACCUGCGCUGGGAGUCGCUGGGCGUCAUGUUUGUAUAUUGGGAGCUGGCGGCCCGGUACCUUGGCCCUUACCGGCCUGACGUCGGCUCACAGUUCCAAAGCGUCGACGAGGGGACCAGGGUCGUGUUGCAAUACCGUUACUGCGUCGGUGCAAGCAUAGAGCUGACCAAGGCUGCCGGCAGCGGGGGCAACACCCUGCUGCUCUUCAUGUCUGCGAAGCGGACCAUUAUCGAGUCCAUCUUCUCGGGCGAUGCGAGUUUUGCCUGUUGGCAAACGCACGCCGAAACGGUGGCCCUGUCGACCUUUCUCGGCUUCCACGACGAGGUUGCCGCAGAGCCGUACAAGCCGACCAUCUGCUCCGAGAUCAAGCGCAAGCUCUUCUGCUACGUCUUCUACAUGGACAAGGUGCUGGCCUCGUUCGCCGGCCGGCCACCGCUCAUCAGCCGCCGCUACGCCCGCACGCCGCCGCCUCUGGAUCUCAAGGACGAGUAUCUUCUCUCGGACGAGGCCACGCUGGCACGCCACGUGGCCGCCCUCGACGAGCACGGGUGGAACACGGAGGGCGACCUGAACUCCGCCACCAUCGUCCGGGCCCGCGUCAUGCUAGCGCAUAUCCGGGAUGAGCUGUUCGAGAUUGCUCUCGGUCACGGGCCGGUGACGCCGGUCGAAACACUUCUAGAGAUCAAAGAAAGGCAGCUUCGGACAGUCGCCGGUCUGCCCAAGAUCCUCGUCUUCAAAGAAGAGGACGUCCAGGACCGGAAGUUCGACGUAUCGCUGCUGUACGUCCGGCUCAUCGUCCACCUCGAACACCUCCAGAACAUGUUCUUUAUCGAGCGUCUGCUCGCUAAGCGGGGCCACGAUGACGGCGCUCUGCUUUCCGUCAGUUUCGAGAUGGUGUCGAAAACGCUCAUGUUCUGGACGAACAUGGACCGUCUUUCCUGCAUGAACGGAGAUUUUGAGUGGCUCGUCAUGGCCUACGCCGCCCCCGGCGGCGGCAUUCUUUGCCUCGAGCUCCUCAAGCCCACCCUCCACGGCGGCAACCACCCGCAGAACCCGAAAUUGACGCGGUCAAGCAUCAUACAGAAGCUGAGCCUGCUCGUGGGCUUCCUCGACUGGGUCAGCCCGACGGCGCCCAACGGCGACCUCUGCGCCGACUGCAAGUGCAUCAUCCAGCACGUCCUCGACCAAGCCCUCAACGGCCCCGCCGCCUCGGCCUCGUCCGCCGUGGACGGCGGCUUCCCCGCGGCCCUGGACGCCAUGGACUGGGACUUUUCCACCCAGCUCGACUUCAACUUUGACCUGCUCGACACGUUCGACUGGCUGCGCCCCGAGGUUCCAUCGGGCCAGCAGUCGUGA